AUCAUCUGCCAUCAUCUUCUGCUCCAUCUUCCUCACUCUGGAAAUAUGAAAGUCUUGGUGAUCAUCGUAUCUCUGGCAGCUUUGGCUUCAGCCAAGCCUGGCAUCCUACUUGGCAUAUUCAAAACCCCGCCGAGAUAUGGCGCCGGCCUUGGAGGAAGCCUUGGAGGACUGAACCCUCUUGAAGGCCUUGGAAGACUUAAUCCUCUUGGAGCCCUUGGAGGACUUAAUCCCCUUAAAAAACUCGGAAACCUCGGAGGACUUGGACCCAUUGGAGGGCUAGGAAUUGGAGGCGGAAUUAAAAAUAGUCUAAGGCUCGGACUUGGACGCCUAGGAGGUGGACUUGGAGGCGGGCUUGGAGGACCUGGGCUUGGAGGCGGUUAUGGAGGGGGAUAUGGAGGCGGUUAUGGGGGCCCAUAUGGUGGAGGAUAUGGAGGCGGAUAUGGAGGAGGUGGGCUCGGCCAAGGACUUGGAGGUGGACGUUAUGGCUUUAGAGGAGGUCCCGGAUAUGGAUAUGGUGGUUAACGUCUGCUCAUGGAGUUCAAAAUUUCAUUUUUCAAGUGAAAUUUAAUAUUCUGAAAAAAAUAUUAUUUCAAUGAUUCAGUCUUUCAACUCUUGACGUAAAAUAUGUAGUCUUUACAUUUAUUUAACUUUUUUGUAAGAAUAUCAUGAUAAAUACUAAGAGAAAAAUUCUGUCUUUGUAUUACCUCCUCUUCCAGUUUGUCAAAAAAGUAUUAU